AUGAACACCGAGGCUAAGAAGGGCGUUCUCGCCCAGGGUGCACAGAACUUCAAGGACCUCUUCCACUGGAAGGUCCGCUCCACCAUCAUCGACGAGAAUGGCGAGGAGCAGGUCGUCUGGGAGAAGCCCAGUCUGCCUCCCAAUCCGUUCCGCCUGAUCACCAUGCUCGGUCUCGCUGGCUGGGGUGCCUACCUCAUCGGCUUCUCCGCCUGGACGGCCGAUGCCUUUGACUUCCACGCCCUUUCGAUCCAGACCACCAAGCUCGCUAAGCACUUUGGUGUCUCCAAGACCAAGAUCACCGAAGCCAUCACCCUCACUCUGCUCCUUCGUUCGGUCGGCGCCGCCGUCUUUGGUAUCUUCUCGGACUACUUCGGCCGAAAGUACCCUCUCGUCAUCAACAUGUGGUGCCUCGGUGCCCUCCAAGUCGCUUCCAUCUACUGCCGCACUUUCAACGAAUUCCUCGCCGUUCGAGCCCUCUUCGGUCUUUUCAUGGGUGGUGUCUACGGCGCUGCUUCGUCGAUGGCUCUCGAGAACAUCCCUUCCGAGGCGCGUGGUCUCUUCAGUGGUAUCUACCAGCAGGGCUACUCGUUCGGCUACGUUUUGGCUGCCUGCGUCAACCUCGGUGUCGGCGGUGCCACCAACACCUGGCCUACCAUGUUCUGGGUCGGCGCCGGCUUCAGUUUCGUCGUCGGCUUCCUCCGUCUCGCCUGGCCCGAGUCCAAGCAGUUCAUCGAGGCCCGCAAGGCCAGCAAGGGCUCCGGCACCAAGAACUUCCGCAAGUCCUUCACCGCUUGCCUCCGCGCCGAGUGGAAGGUUUGUCUUUUUGCAAUCGUGUUGAUGAGCUGGUUCAACUGGUUUAGUCAUAGCAGUCAGGACAGUUAUACGACGUUCAUGCUUGUUGGAAAGCGUCUCAACAACACCGCGGCAUCGAGGGCAUCGAUCCUGAUGAAGACGGGCGCUUGCGUCGGUGGUACCAUCUGGGGUUACAUGUCGCAGUGGAUCGGACGCCGUAGGGCUAUGAUCGUCGCCUGCCUGGUCUGCUGCUGCCUUAUCCCUGCUUGGGUGCUCCCCACGAGCGAGAAGGGCCUCGAGGCCGGCGGAUUUUUGCUUCAGGCAAUGGUCCAAGGUGCGUGGGGAGUCGUUCCCAUCUACCUGGCCGAGAUCUCGCCUCCCGCGUUCCGCGCUAUCUUCGUCGGUCUCACCUACCAGCUCGGCAACGCCAUCUCCUCGCCUUCCACCCAGCUCAUCAACUACCUUUCGGAGAACAACUUCAUCACGUUCCAGGGCCGCAGGGUGGAGGCUUAUGGCCCCGUCAUGGCCAUUGCCACGGCCAUCAUCGCUUUGGGUCUUGCCGCCACCGCCUCCGUGGGUCCCGAGAAGAAGGGUGCUCGCUUCGAGCGUGCCGCGGCUGCCACCGCCGAGGUGCAGCCCCAGCUUCUCGUCUACCAGAAGGAGUUCGACACCAACUCCGAGACCAAGUCGGUCGACCUCACCCAGACGCAGACUGCUCUUUCCAAGUAA